AUGGUCCAACAGGCGAACGAACUCGGCAUAGGACUGUGCCUGAUUUCGGAACCUCCGACGGCUCGAGACACUCAACAGCGCCAUAACAGUGGGAAUGGGCUGGCCUCCAUACUAUGUUGGCCGGACCGAAUGCCUAACGACAGAACGGGCCCACUAGUAAAGAGAGGCCGCAACUAUGUGGCUGUCCGAGUCGGAGACUGGCUUUUGGUAUCCUGCUACGCCUCGCCCAACAUCGUGCAUGGCGAAUACCUAGAGUUCCUCGACGAACUGGAGGAACUCAUCAGAGACAAGCGGGCUGCUGAAAUGAUCAUCGGGGGGGAUUUUAAUGCCCGAUCCAAAACCUGGAACCCACGGGCAUCAAUAGUAAAGGGCCCCUAG